UAUGUUUUGUCUAUGAUAUAUGUUGGAAUAUAAAAAAUAAGAGUACGAUUACUUCUCAUUCCCGUCAACUAAUCUGAACACGAGGAUUCUUUUUCUUUACUUCUUUGACUAAAAUACCCCUGCAAUAUUCCCAAAACUUGGCCCAUAACAGAAAGGUAGAACCGUAAAUAUUCUCAAAUAGAGUAACUGCAAGGGUAGUUAUUUGUAACGAACUCUUUUUCACUAUAAACAGAGCACAACUCUCGUUCCUCAUCCUUCUUCAUCAUUUUUCCGAUUCCGCUUUUCUCGCUGCAAAAAUGAAAUACUCAGAGAUGAAAAUUGCUGCGAAAGCUUACUUCAAUAGGAAUUGGAAUAGAGAAGACAUGUUGAAUCCUAAUGAAAUUCCCGGACACGCUCACAAAACUUUGAAGAAGUGGAUCUGGGAAGCGGGAGGGCUGUACACAGUCCUUUCUACUGUAGCAAGUUUACUCUGGCUUUACUUAACACUUCCAUGGAGCGUGCUCUGUUGUCAGCUUCUUGGCAGGUGCAGCAAUUUGCUAUGGAACUUUUUGGUUUGGAGCCAGGUUAAUGGUUAUCAAGGACAAGGGUCAUCCUCUAUCCCGGUUGCCUGCUUCAUUCUUAUGCUUUCAUGUACUGGUGGUUUGUGAUUGCUUCUGAUAUGAUAUUUGAAAUCCACACAGCUUAUUGGACACUAAGGGUAAGCAGUUUUAGACUUUUCUAGUGCCCAUGCUAAUAAAUCAUUAGGGUAAUGGCUGCGUACUUUAUGAUCUCUGAUGAUGUUAACUUUGUCAACUGCACAUUCACCGUCUUCUUCAAUUUACCCGCUAUAUUUUAUAGGUGAAAUAUUUGCUCGAUCAUUUACAGAGUUCCCAGUGCAUUCUACUCAUUCUAUAGAGAAAUUGUAGUUUUUACUGUGACAGGCUAUAACUACAUUUUACCGUAGGAAUUUGGAAUUCUAAAGUCUGAAGCCAAGUGCUACGGCCUAGGAAUAUUUCUUGGCAAAUACUGAUCGUUGAUUGAUUACCUUGCCUCACAGCUAAGACAAUUUUGAAUAGCAUAUACAUAAUUGUUCUUCCUUUUUCAAAGCAAGGUAAUAAGAAUACUUGGAAUUUAAGAUGUUUAAUCCAUUUACCUAUCUUUAACUCAAUAAAUGAGCAAAUUGUACUCUUUACAAUUUCAUAUUUAGGCAACUCGCUAGAACCAUAUAAUAGCUAUCUGCCGUUGAAA